AAGACAGACUGGAGCUGGAGCAGACGCGCUUGUGACGUACAUCCGGAGUUCUACCUAAGGAAAAUGGCUGCGCCCCAGCAGCAGGCUUCGGCGGUUUCCUCUGCAGCGGGUGUGUCAGGUCCGGGUUCUGCCGGUGGCCCGGGUCCCCAGCAACAGCCGCAACCGACGCAACUGGUGGGACCAGGCCAAAGCGGGCUCUUGCAGCAGCAACAACAGGACUUCGAUCCUGUGCAGCGCUACAAGAUGCUCAUCCCGCAACUGAAGGAGAGUCUCCAGACUUUGAUGAAGGUUGCAGCCCAGAACCUGAUUCAGAACACUAACAUUGACAAUGGACAGAAGAGCAGUGAUGGACCCAUACAGCGAUUUGACAAGUGUCUGGAAGAGUUCUACGCUCUCUGUGAUCAGCUGGAACUCUGCUUGCGCCUGGCCCACGAAUGCCUUUCACAGAGCUGUGACAGCGCCAAGCACUCUCCGACAUUGGUACCCACAGCCACCAAGCCAGAUGCAGUGCAACCGGACAGCUUGCCCUAUCCUCAGUACCUGGCUGUCAUCAAAGCCCAGAUUACCUGUGCCAAAGACAUUCACACUGCCCUGCUGGACUGUGCCAACAAGGUCACAGGCAAGAUGACUGCAGCCUCAGCUGGCCCUGGGGGCAGUCUCUGAGGUCUUGGGGGCAGGGGCAGGGAGAAUGAAGUGCAGCCUAAGGCAAAACAGGUGGCUCCUGUUUCUGAUUUGUCAUGCCAGGGCAAUGUAGUUGAAACCAGCAGGGGGCAGCAAAGGCUUACAGGCGCACAGACCAGGCCUAGCCUCUGCUGCCACCCACUCUGCUCCCUGACCUAGGGUGGACCUCCCCACCAGGCCGCUGAUGACCUCUGUCAGGGACUCUACCUCCUCCCUCACCUCAUCUCCCACCUGACCCCGGGUGUGGCGCUGACUGGACCCUUUAGAUCUUGCUCCAUCUAUCCCAGUGGAUGCACUAGUUUCUAACUCAUCUUCCUCCAAUCUUGCCUCUCUCUACCAGUCCCCUUUUGUUGCCUUUUGCCCCCAACUCCUAAGUGUGACCAUAUGUAUGUAAGGGGAACCAAAUUGCUGGGUUACCUGGGGCUAGAGAAGGGACUUCCUGGCCCAGAAAAGGAGAAGUGCAGAAAUGUAGGCCCUGACCUCAGCACACACCAACUACGAGCAGUUUAGGUCCCAGCUCAACCCUGCGUCAGCAGAGCUCUGGCAGGGAGCAUUGUGCAAUAUGUGGCCUGCUCAAAGGGACUCCUGGGUCCCUAUAUUUUUAGCACCAAAGCAGAAGUGAAAAGGCCCUAGCAGGAAUGAAUCAUGGGUUCUGGGGAAGAACCCAGCUCCUCCGGGAAGCAGGCCCUGGAGAGGGGGCUUGAGGGAGGUAGGGAGAACCCCACAAGCACCCCAUUUCCCAAGGGGAGUGGGAGUUCAGCCACAGGCUGCAGGCCUGGAUAAGUGCUAGAUAGAGCUACCAACCUGGGCCCAGCUGCCAGCUGAAAGGCUAGAGUGACAGACUGUUUCCCAUGCCACCAACCAGUGGCCUCAUGGGCGGGACCCUGUUUCAAAAACCUCUGAGACCACCUGGCGAUGGUGGCGCACGCCUUUAAUCCCAGCACUUGGGAGGCAGAGGCAGGCGGAUCUCUGAGUUUGAGGCCAGCCUGAUCUACAAGAGCUAGUUCCAGGAUAGGCUCCCAAACUACAGCAAAAUCCUAUCUCAAAAAAUAAAUCAAUCAAACAAACAAAACAAAAC